AUGUCUGGAGGAAUGAAUGAGGAAACUGGAAUGUCUGGAGGAAUAAAUGAGGAAACUGGAAUGUUUGGAGGAAUAAAUGAGGAAACUGGAAUGUUUGGAGGAAUAAAUGAGGAAACUGGAAUGUCUGGAGGAAUAAAUGAGAAAACUGGAAUGUCUGGAGGAAUGAAUGAGAAAACUGGAAUGUCUGGAGGAAUAAAUGAGAAAACUGGAAUGUCUGGAGGAAUAAAUGAGAAAACUGGGAUGUCUGGAGGAAUAAAUGAGAAAACUGGAAUGUCUGGAGGAAUAAAUGAGGAAACUGGAAUGUCUGGAGGAAUAAAUGAGAAAACUGGGAUGUCUGGAGGAAUAAAUGAGAAAACUGGAAUGUCUGGAGGAAUAAAUGAGAAAACUGGAAUGUCUGGAGGAAUAAAUGAGAAAACUGGGAUGUCUGGAGGAAUAAAUGAGAAAACUGGAAUGUCUGGAGGAAUAAAUGAGAAAACUGGAAUGUCUGGAGGAAUAAAUGAGGAAACUGGAAUGUCUGGAGGAAUGAAUGAGAAAACUGGAAUGUCUGGAGGAAUAAACGAGAAAACUGGAAUGUCUGGAGGAAUAAAUGAGGAAACUGGAAUGUCUGGAGGAAUAAACGAGAAAACUGGAAUGUCUGGAGGAAUAAACGAGAAAACUGGAAUGUCUGGAGGAAUAAACGAGAAAACUGGAAUGUCUGGAGGAAUAAACGAGAAAACUGGAAUGUCUGGAGGAAUGAAUGAGGAAACUGGAAUGUCUGGAGGAAUAAACGAGAAAACUGGAAUGUCUGGAGGAAUAAAUGAGGAAACUGGAAUGUUUGGAGGAAUAAAUGAGGAAACUGGAAUGUCUGGAGGAAUAAACGAGAAAACUGGAAUGUCUGGAGGAAUAAACGAGAAAACUGGAAUGUCUGGAGGAAUGAAUGAGGAAACUGGAAUGUCUGGAGGAAUGAAUGAGAAAACUGGAAUGUCUGGAGGAAUAAACGAGAAAACUGGAAUGUCUGGAGGAAUGAAUGAGGAAACUGGAAUGUUUGGAGGAAUAAAUGAGGAAACUGGAAUGUCUGGAGGAAUGAAUGAGGAAACUGGAAUGUCUGGAGGAAUAAAUGAGGAAACUGGAAUGUCUGGAGGAAUGAAUGAGGAAACUGGAAUGUCUGGAGGAAUAAAUGAGGAAACUGGAAUGUCUGGAGGAAUAAACGAGAAAACUGGAAUGUCUGGAGGAAUAAAUGAGGGAACUGGAAUGUUUGGAGGAAUAAAUGAGGAAACUGGAAUGUCUGGAGGAAUAAAUGAGGGAACUGGAAUGUCUGGAGGAAUAAACGAGAAAACUGGAAUGUCUGGAGGAAUGAAUGAGGAAACUGGAAUGUCUGGAGGAAUAAACGAGAAAACUGGAAUGUCUGGAGGAAUAAAUGAGGAAACUGGAAUGUCUGGAGGAAUAAACGAGAAAACUGGAAUGUCUGGAGGAAUAAAUGAGGAAACUGGAAUGUCUGGAGGAAUAAACGAGAAAACUGGAAUGUCUGGAGGAAUAAAUGAGGAAACUGGAAUGUCUGGAGGAAUAAACGAGAAAACUGGAAUGUCUGGAGGAAUAAAUGAGGAAACUGGAAUGUCUGGAGGAAUAAACGAGAAAACUGGAAUGUCUGGAGGAAUAAACGAGAAAACUGGAAUUUGCUUGUGUGGUUUGUAG